CCGGGGCCGCGCGGGCCGCCAAUGGGGGCUUGUGCCGGCUGGCGGAAAAAACCCAGGGUUUAUAAUAAAGCGGAGGGGCGACGCGGCUGGCAAUGGCCGUGACGUCACGGGAGGGAGUCGCUGGAGCCGAGAGGAGCCGGGCUGCACCGGGAAGAGCGCGGCAGUGGCCCGGGUCCGUCCCGCUUCGCGUCUCCUGCCGCCGCCGCCGCCCCCCCUGCGCCGCGCCUCAACUUCCCGAGAAAGUUCACUAACUCCGCGGCGGCCCCCGGCCCGGCCCCGGGCGCCCUGCCGCCUCCUGCGGCGGCUGCCGCCCGCUGCGAUGCGACCUAGGCGGGCGACCCAGCCCGGGCUGGCCACGCUCCGGUAGCGCCCCGUGAGCAACACGGCCAACCCCACGUGUGUGUCCGUGUGUCCGAGCGCACCGCCUGAGCCUGCUGCUCGCGCCUUCUCCGUCCUCUCCCUGGUCACUCCCCCCCAGGCUGGGGAUUGUUUCUUUCCUAGUCCCGUGGCUGCCCUUCCACCAGCCCGUCUGGUCGCCAUCCCAGCCCCCUCUCGCCCCCCCCCCACUUUCUGUUUGUUUGAAAGACGCUGACAUUCUCCUUGCUGUUUUAUGUAUUGAUCCGAUUGUGGCGGUGACUCGAGCCUCCCGAGCCCCGGCUGGAGGACUGGGAUGAAGGCGCCUCUCUGAGUGACCACAAUGGAAGGAUCUAGCGGGUCGAGCUUUGGAAUAGACACGAUUUUGUCUACUAACGGCUCAGGCAGCCCCGGCAUGAUGAACGGAGACUUUCGGCAGCUCAACAGCGAUGCCAGGACUGCGGAUUUUAGAAACCAGGCCACCCCGUCCCCUUGUUCGGAGAUAGACACAGUAGGGACGGCUCCCUCGUCCCCCAUCUCCGUCACCAUGGAGCACCCCGAGCAGCAUCUGGUGCAAGAGCAUCACCAUCUCCAUCACAGCCAGCAGCAGCAGCAGCAAAGUUUGCAGCAAUCACCCCAACAGCAACAACAGUUGGGCUCUGGCAACUCUGCCCCCAGGACUUCCACCUCUUCUUUUUUAAUUAAAGACAUUUUGGGCGACAGCAAACCGCUGGCGGCUUGUGCACCUUACAGCACCAGUGUCUCCUCUCCCCAUCACACCCCAAAACAAGAGGGCAACGCAGCCAACGAGAGCUUCAGGCCAAAACUAGAGCAGGAGGACAGCAAAACCAAACUAGACAAACGCGACGAUACGCAGAAUGAUCUCAAAUGCCACGGGACAAAAGAAGAGGGCGACCGGGAGAUUACAAGUAGCCGGGAUAGCCCCCCAGUCCGAGCGAAGAAACCUCGGAAGGCGAGGACGGCCUUUUCGGACCAUCAGCUCAAUCAGCUGGAGAGGAGCUUCGAGCGGCAGAAGUAUUUGAGCGUGCAAGACCGCAUGGACCUGGCUGCGGCUCUCAACCUGACCGACACGCAGGUCAAAACCUGGUACCAGAACCGGAGGACGAAGUGGAAGCGGCAGACGGCUGUGGGACUGGAGCUGCUGGCCGAAGCCGGGAAUUAUUCCGCUCUCCAGAGGAUGUUCCCCUCUCCCUAUUUCUACCACCCGAGCUUGCUGGGCAGCAUGGACAGCACGACAGCGGCUGCAGCGGCCGCGGCCAUGUACAGCAGCAUGUACCGGACUCCCCCAGCUCCGCACCCUCAGCUCCAGCGGCCCCUCGUGCCCCGCGUGCUCAUCCACGGCCUGGGGCCCGGGGGUCAGCCCGCUCUCAACCCCUUGGCCAGCCCUAUCCCGGGUACCCCGCACCCCCGGUGAGAGCUCGCCGCUGUCCCAGCCGCUAGCCCCCCUCUGCCCCCAAAUAAAAACCGACCACCAAAAGCAGGAGCUAAGCGACUGCGGGGGAGAUAAAAGGGGGCCAGGAGCUUCUGAAGGCAGCCAAGAGCCAGCCCCGGAGACGAUUCAAUCAGAGCAGGGACUUUUGAACCAUGAACCCAGAGCCGAUCCAGUAAGUGAAACAAACCAACCCAUCGAACACACCUCCAGGGCUUGCGAGACGGAGCAAUGAUUUAGGCAAGCUCGGAACGGGAGACGGCGGGAGGGAGGGAGCCAGACCCGAGCCAGCAGAGACUCUGGAGGACCGAGGGAUACAAAGAACAAACCCAACCUCCCGUCCCUCAGCGCGGAAGACCAGGGGUAACGGAGAACUUUGCACUGAUUUCUCAUGACCUUUUUUCUAAUUGAAAAGUGGCAUGCUCCGUAAUCUGAAAGGAAAUGUACAUUUGAACAGACUGAGUGCGAAGUGAUAUAUCAUAUUUAUUAUAUGUUGUCAAAAAUUCACUUAUAUACCUUACUAAAAAAAUACAUGAUUUCUCCCCCCUC